AGGAUCAGCGCGGCAGAGGACGGAGGGGCCGGAAGUGGAUAGUCGUAAGCCGGAAGGGGAGUCCUCCGCUGACUGUGGUGUUGAUGUUUUCGGGUUACUGCUACGUCUCUGAUUAAGGGAACCCCCGGGAAGGAUGGUGUGCGAAAAAUGUGAAAAGAAACUUGGUACUGUUAUCACUCCAGAUACAUGGAAAGAUGGUGCAAGGAAUACCACAGAAAGUGGUGGAAGAAAGCUGAAUGAAAAUAAAGCUUUGACUUCAAAAAAAGCAAGAUUUGAUCCAUAUGGAAAGAAUAAGUUCUCCACUUGCAGAAUUUGUAAAAGUUCCGUGCACCAACCAGGUUCUCAUUACUGCCAGGGCUGUGCAUACAAAAAGGGCAUCUGUGCGAUGUGUGGAAAAAAGGUUUUGGAUAUCAAAAACUACAAGCAAACAUCUGUCUAAAUGUAUUGGUGAAGUUUCUGGCUUUCUAUUUGAUUUUACUUUCUGCUUUGAAUUUGCAAGGCAUAACAUAGAUGUUCAAGUUACAAAAUAACAUGUCUUAUUAUGACAUGAAUUUUAAACCAGGCAAGUUCAUUGGUACUCAUUCUUUUGCUCUCAAGAAGUGCUGAAUAGCAACACUGUAACUAGUUUUCUGCCUUGUUAUUUUCAUGACAAGCAUCUUACUGAACUAGAAUAAGUGGCAAAUUUAACAAAAAGUACUUUCCCAGUUCUGUAUGCACUUUUUAUUUAUAAUUAUUCAUGUAAUUCUUAUUAUCCUCUCCCUUUACCUUAUUAUAGAUAUUGAAAAAGUGAGAUCAUUGGUAUUUUUUUCUGAACUUGGCAUCCAGAUUUAUUCUUCCCUCAUUCCCUUGUUGGCUGCAUAGUUCAUAGAAUCAGCAGUCCUUUCAUUCAUUGCAGUUUCACAGGGCAUUUAAAUAUCAGACCAUUGGUGCUGAAGAGUUCCUUAGUAAUUAGCUCAGACUCAAAUCGAACACAAGUUGUGUUUAUGAUAUUUUUUAUUUGUCCUUGAAGCCAAAGUGCCAAUACCUUUCAUGUGAAACUGGGAAUGCAAGAGACACUCUGUAUGUAUCCAAACGAAUACACUGGGUUUCAGAAAAACACAUAACACAUAUUACUUUGAAUUCAAACUGUCAGGAAGGCCAGGAGAACAAUGUUCAACCAUGAUGAUGUGUAAUGUUUUAAUUGCCACUCUUUGGAAACUCUCUUUGAAGCAGAAACCAAACUUUUUUUAACCUCCUUCUCUGCCUCCCAUCCCUGUACGCCCAAUAAAUAGAACAAAAUAAG